GGCGGAAGCGUGUGUCUUGAAGCCCUUGCAUGAUAGCGUGCGGUGUUAGCCUUGGCGUCCAGGCUGGAGUCUGAAACGCGCUUUUCUGGCUAAAUUUACAUUCAUGACACCGAAUUGAAGUUACACGCAGGUUGUAUCGCUUUUCAGCAGCGGUCAGAUAUGGGAGCCAAUAAUAGUACCCGCCGUGUCUCCUUUGAGUCGGACGAAAAUGAAAACAUAACGGUUGUGAAGGGCAUCAGGCUCUCUGAGAAUGUCAUCAACCGCAUGAGGGAACCUGCAGCUCCACAAUUCGGUCGUUCCCCACCCAAGGCCCCCUCAUCUCCACCUGCAGUUCCCACACCUCCUCCCACAAUUCCCACACCUCCUCCCACAAUCCCCACCCCUCCUCCUGUAUUUGAGCACUUACCCACCAUUGUACCAAUACCCUCUCCAUUUGAUCCGAUUACAUCAAUGCCCCCUCCACCACUGUCAGAGCCCAUCAAAGUGCCUCCACCUCCUCCACAGCCAGUGACUGUGGAGGUUAUAGCACCUCCUCCUCCUCCAGUCUUUGAAGAGCAUGCAGCACCUGCUCACCCUAUCGAAUCUGUGUCCACUCUGCCAGCCCUUACGGAAGCAGUGGCCCCACCUCCACUUAUAGAGGCUGCUGUUCCCCCGCCACCCCCAGAACCUGUGGCAGUCCUACCUCCCUCUCCAGUUGUUGAGCCAGUUGCACCACCACCUCCUGUUGAGCCUAUAACUGCACCUCCACCACAGGUUAUUCCUCCUCCUCUAAUGGAGGACAUUUUUGUUGCUCAACCUGUUGAGCCAAUUGCCCCACCUCCACCUGUGGAGGUGGUUGCUCCUCCACCACCUGUAGAAAUUGUUGCUCCCCCUCCACCACCAGUUGAGCCAAUUGCCCCACCUCCACCUGUAGAAGUUAUUACCCCUCUACCUACUGUUGAAGUAAUUGCCCCUCCACCAGUUGAGCCAAUUGCUCCACCCCCACCUGUUGAAGUAAUUGCCCCUCAACCUCCUGUCGAAGUUGUUGCACCCCCUCCACCAGUUGAGCCAAUAGCCCCACCUCCACCAGUUGAGCCAAUGGCUCCACCUGUAGAAAUUGUCACUUCACCUCCACCUGUGGAGGUCAUUGCCCCGCCACCUCCUGCUGAAGCUGAGGCCUCCGCUGCUGUUGUGGAGCCAGCCGCUCCACCUCCUGCUGAAGCUGUGCCUCCUCCUCCAGCUGUGGAAGAGAACGUGGUGUUACCUCCACCAGUGGACGAGCCCGAGAUGAGGAAGCAAAUCACCGAGGAGCUGCAGGCGGGCCUGGAGAAGGAGCGCACCAAAGCCCAGCAGGAGCUCGACCAAUGGCUGCCUUCCCCUUCUUUUAUUUUUUUAAUAUCUUUCUCUCUUUGUGCACUUGCGCAUCAGGAGAUGGAGCGUAAGGCCAAGCAGCUGGAGGAGAGGGACAAAGAGCUGAGGAAGCAGGAUGCCUUCUACAGGGAGCAGGUGGCCAAGCUGGAGGAGAGAAGUGCUGAGUUCUACAAGGUCACCACGGAGAACUACCACAAGGCUGCCGACGAGGUGAACGCCAAGUUCAAGUGAGUUGACGGAGUGUGGCGCGUCCCCAGCAGCCUCCUCCACACCGCCUCGGCUCGGCUCUGCUCUGAUCCAAAUCUCUUCU